AUAUUUUCUGUGUGAACUAUGGCGUAGAAGAGAUGUGUAUUAGAAAUACGAUUAUCUGAAUAUUUUGUUAUCGAUGAUACUUACUUUGAUAAAUUCUACAGUUUGAUUGGCUAGUGAAAAGUGACUGUAAUCCUGGACGGGAAGCCACGGGGCACGGGGCUAGAGCUGGGGGAGAAUGAGUGAAGUUGAUAAGGAAGGGUAUGCAGAAGAAGACAGUACUGAUAGCUCCUCCAGCGGCGAAUCAGGAUCUGAAACUGAUGCCAGUGAAAGCCAUGACAAACAGUUCUCAAUUCAAGAGACUAACUUUGAUCAAGGCCAACUAAAGCUGAAAAUAACCUGUACUGGACGCAAGAAGAGCUCCACCUCUUCGCUAAACCCAUCGUCUCCCUUGGACAUAGAUGAUGAUGAAGAAGAUGAAGAAGAAUUACACCAAACUGUUAGAAACAAAGAUAACGAGUCAGCACUUUUGACGGAGAAAAGUGACCGACAAGAACCAACUCAGAGUUCUAGCAUAGCCACAUCACUACCAACAGCAAAGGCAUCCACAGAUACAUCCUUGAUGAAAUCCACUUCAGACGAGAGUCCCACUACAUCAUUGGAGAACUAUACCUCAUCAGAAAAGAGCAGAACUGUUCAAUCAAAGUGUGUCAACAGUGCAGUAUGUAAAUCACCUGUUAAGAAAGCUGAUAAACCAAAGACUACACAGCUUGCUUCCACAGGCUCAAAACCACAAAGCACUGUUGAACCAGCCACUGAUCCCAGUAAGUUUUAUUCUGAUUCUGAGAAGGAAUUUUCUGGAGAUACCACAGACACUGAGUCAAGACAUAAUGAUUCGGCCAGCAUUCAAAGCAGCUCUCACCCCAGCUACAUAUCAACUGAUGAAGAUGCUGAUGACAAACAUCAAAAGAAAGCAAAACGGGUGAGAACUGUUGCUGAACACCACGAACAACUGCUUAAGUUAGACACCAUGUCUAAUGUGUCACCAGAUAGUGGUAUUCAGUCUAUUGCUGGUUCUCCAUCGGGAAAUGAUUCCCCAAAUUCCGUUAUUCUUGGGGAAACCCAUGCUAUUGAUUCCCAUGUGCAGGAACAACACAAGGUGGAUAAUUCCCAGGAACUUCUGCCACCACCACCCCCUCCUCCACCUCCACCACAACCGAGCACUGCAAGAGAGUCACCCAUGACUGAAACAAGCAAACUGCAUGACAGUAAGGAAGAAGAAAGUUUGAGUGUACACCCAAAGAAAAGCUAUUCGGAUAUGUUCUUCAUGCCUUCAUUUUCUACCGGGAAAAAGAAACGAGGCAGGCCACCCAAAAAGAAAUAUGCCAAUAUGCUUCACAGAAAGAGUAAACUUUAUGACAAUAUCCCAGACAGUAGUACAGCCAUCGAACAAAACCAGAAUCAGUCUAUGACUCUGGAUGAGUUAGAAAUAUCGCAUUCAGUGAGCAAAUUUGGAAAGAAGAAUGAAUCUCUGGACAGGAAUAUAUUUGACAAAAUGCCAGUUCAAACAGUUGUUGAGGCAAGAGGUAAAAGACCUUACACAAAGAGGAAGUAUAAGGUACCUAAAAGUGAAAUUCCUGUUGAACUUAAAGUGCAGAAAAAGGUUGGGAGAAAAAAGAAAAUUAGAGAUGAUGAUAGUUCUUCAACUUUGAAGAAGAAAAGGGCUCUUCAGAAACUUGCAAAGGCAAGUGGAAAACAAUCACUGUUUGAGCAGUCAUUUGAAAGCAUGGGUGCUCCACUCUUUAUGAACCACACACUGCCAUCGAGUUUGCAGGAAACCCAGGUCCAAGUGCCAGUGAAAAGAGGACCUGGUAGACCGAAAGGUUCUGGAAAAAAAUCUUCAGCUCUGAAACCAAAUAAACAGGUUGUGAAACAGCUAGGUGUUCCUGGUAGGAGGGGGAGACGACCUGGCCCGAAGAAGUCAGUUCUUCAAAGUCCGAAAGUUUUCAGUAAACCAUUACUUGGCAAAGAUGGUCAGCCUAAACGUAAGAGGGGUAGACCUCGAAAGUACCCUCUACCAAUUCAAAGUGGACCCAGUGCUGCUUCUAUUGAAAAAGCACUGGCUGCCCUGACAAGCCAAUUAACAAAAGAUAAAGAUCAUGUUCAGCGAUCACCAGUUGAAAAUGAAUUUACAUCACUCAUACAGAGUGUUCAGGAUUCUAUUAACUCCCAGUUUCCUGGGGUUGAAAGUGAUCAUGAAGAAAUACAUGACUUCAAUGUUGAAGACAAUCUCAAUGACAUUGAGCCCACACUUACCACCAACAGUGACUUUCAAGAGCCUAAACCACAAAAAGUAGUCCCCAAAAUCAGAAAGCCUAAACUUCAUGUUAUGAUGAGGAAAAAUACAAGGGGUAGACGUAAAAAGGUGAAAGCUAAUAUUGUUAAGAAACCAUUUACACCUUCUUUCUUGAGAAGUUCAAGUAGUACAUUUGUGUCAAAGUUUCAACAGGCAAGUGUUUCAUCUAGUAUUUCAUCAUCAAACAGUUCAUCUUUCAAAGGGGAGUACCUUUUCAGGGGAUUUCACACUAAAAUACCAAAGGCAACAUCAGGCAUUGGACUUUUGUCUGUGAGUUCGUUCAGGACACCAGAUGAAAAUGAUGAAUUGGGCAGAUCUGGUGAUAAAAACAGAAAAAGGAAAAAGAAAUUGUUAUAUUUUAAGUCAAAGCAUAGAAACAUUGUUGAUCCUGUUUUUCUUGCAAAUAUGGAUUGCUUGAUCAAUGAAUUAGAAAACAUGGCUAUUUCAGAACAAAGAGGUGAUACAUUUAUUCGAGUAAGACCUGGAGAAGUUUUGUUACCAAGCAUAUUUAGGUUAACAAAGAUAAAUGUGAAAAAGAAGAAGAAAGACAAGUUAAUUUUGGAGAAAACUGUCAAAAAACUCAAAUCUAAGAAAGAUCAAACAUUGAAAGAACAUAGUAUUCCUGUCUUAAAGGAAAAAAUGAAAAUGUCUCGAAAAAGGAGUAUAUCAGAAGAUUCUGGUCCGCCUGUGUUGGAGUGCCAAGUUCCCAGCCAACAGUGUUUGCCUCCAAAGAAAAGGCACAAGUUGAUGAACUUGUUCUCAAGUCAGACUGCACCCACAUUAGAACCCAUUGGCAGUGGUGAACAGAGUCCGCCAUUACCAGUGCCUGAAAAAGAGAAAAGUUGGAAGACCACGGAAACACCCUCCUCCAACACCCAAGCCAUCUGUAUCUGUGCUGAUAGAAAUGUGUUCACACAAGUGUUCUCAAAGACUCUGCUUGGAGAUGCAAUCUCAGCAUGUUCUCAACCUCCUGAACUGUCCAUCCAGACUCAGCCUUCAGUGCUGGGUAGCUUGAGCAACACCUCCAAGUCACCCCCAAUCCUUGACAUCUCCUCCUUCAUGGGUGGUGAUGGUGGUGCUUCAGAUACUUCGUCCCUACAGUCACCGACAAAAUUUGUGAAAAAAGAAAAACUCAGCUUAGGGAAAUCAAGUAAGAAGUCUUUGAGUAGUGCAAAUGAAGAUAAAUCUUCAAAGUCAAAAUCUCAGAAAGUGUCUGAAAGUGUGUCUUCUGAGAAUGUGUGUGACAGUCAAACUAUUAGUGCUGUGAUUUCUGAUAGUGAUGAAUUGUGCAAUACCUCUGCGGAUAGUGUUGAUGAUACUAUAGAGUCUGUGAUACGAACUGUGUGUUCGGAAUAUGAGCCUUUGCCUACUCCACGCCACAAGAGGAAAAAGUUAUCCUUCGAUAAAGAUGGAACAGGAAAGAGGAAGAAAGUCCGACGUCAGCUUGACAUGGAUGACAGACAUUCAACAGAAGAAGAAAGUGAACCAGCUUCAACUCCUGUGAUAAGACGUACUGACCCAUCUCAGCCUCCCAGAAAAAGAUAUCAACGUGUGGGACUCUUCUCGGACUUCUACAAAGAUGAUGAACCAAAGAAACGAUCUGACAAUAUGCUGAAGUCCAAAGAUAAACUGGUUUAUGUUCGAGAAGAACAUAGCCAUGGUUUACUGCCUCCUCCUCUUCAUGUAGGGAAAUAUCUCCGAGAAAGGCCAGCAGAUUUCACGCUUCCAUAUGAUGUAUGGUGGAUGUAUGUCCAUAAUAUGUUGCCAAAGAGAGAAGAGCCAACGCCAAAGUAUAAAAAGAUACGGAACAAUGUGUAUGUUGAUCUCAAACCAAAUGCAGGAAAGAAACCAGAGCCACAUUAUUGCCAGUGCAAGCGACCAACCGACCCAAAUGAAAAGGGGUGUGGAGAAGAUUGCUUGAAUAGAAUGGUGUUUACAGAGUGUAGCCCGAACAGCUGCCCUGGUGGGGAAAACUGUUCAAACCAGAGACUUCAGAGGCAUGAGUGGAUACCAGGGUUGGAGAAGUUUGUUACUGAGGACAGGGGAUACGGUGUCUGCACAGCACAGGCAAUACCAGCAGGAAGCUUUAUUUUGGAAUAUUUGGGGGAGGUGGUCAGUGAGCAGGAGUUCCGUCGCAGGAUGAUGACAGAGUACUCUCAGGAGCGUCACCAUUACUGUCUCAACCUUGACAGUGGUGCAGUUAUUGAUGGCUACAGGAUGGGCAACAUUGGAAGAUAUGUCAACCACUGUUGUGAACCCAACUGUGAAAUGCAGAAGUGGAACGUGAAUGGUCUGUACAGAAUGGCUUUGUUUGCUCUACGUGAUAUUGAAGAGGGAGAGGAGCUGGGCUAUGACUACAACUUCCACUCCUUCAAUGCUGAGACUCAGCAAACUUGCAAAUGUGGUGCAAAAUCAUGUCGAGGUGUCAUAGGAGGGAAAACCCAGCGAAAUGGGCAGUGCAAGGACAAACCCACUCCAUCCAGGCCAGUUGGAAGACCACCAAAAGACAAGAGAAAAUCGAAAAAUAGGCUAAAAAAGUUAAAAGACAAGCUGAAACCGCAUCCUGACCCAAGUAGUGCUAAUAGAAUCAUAAGCCAGACUGUGAUAAAACCAAUGUCCAACCGAGAAAGGUGCUUUGCUCGAAAGAAAAGUAUAUUCUUGGUUAGGAACAUUGAUAAAGUUCGACAAAUCAAACAGAAAAUGCAGCAGCCUGAGAGAGAGAAGGAUUCAGAGAGAGAAGGAGCAAGGGACUCGGGAGUCGUCAAUUCAGAUCUCUUCCUCACCCAGCUUAAUGACAGAUCUGUCAAAACCAGACUAGUGGCAAUGGCAGAGGAGAAUCCUGAGCUGCAGAAGAGAUACAAGCUAGUCAAAGUCUUCACAAGGAUAUUUGAUGUCAUUGCAUCAUUCAAAGAUGAGGAUGGCAACCUGAUUGCAACCCCUCUGAUGAACUUGCCUUCUCGGAAGAAAAGCCCUGACUACUACAAACUUAUAGAUGACCCUAUAGACCUUCAGCUGAUUGGGAAAAACAUCAGCAAGGGGCACUAUUCUGAUAUGGAAUAUUUGGAGAAUGACAUGAACAAGCUUUUCAGGAAUGUUGAGAACUACUGUGGUCGCAAGUCAGAAAUGGGUAAAAUUGUCGUGAAGCUAAGGAAAGUAUUUUCGCAAGCUAAGGCUGAGGAGACCUCCCAACUGGAGAUCAUCUUAGGUGAAGGCAGUGUUACGCCACCAGUACUUGAGGCUGAAGUUGUGGAAACACCUGGAGACAAGACCAAUGCUACUCCUGCAACCACAACAAAACCACCAGAGGAUGAAGAAGAGGAAGAGGUGAUCAGAUGUAUUUGCGGUAUCUUCAGAGAUGAAGGCCUCAUGAUCAUGUGUGAAACUUGUAACAUAUGGCAGCACUGUGACUGUGUGGGAAUAUCUGGAGAUGUGGAGCACUACACCUGUGAAAUUUGUGAUCCCAGGCCAUAUGAUAAGGAAAUAAAGCUGGUUCCUCAGCCCCCAGAUGCCACCCCUGGCUGUAUGUACUACAUGACCCUAAUGAAGGAUGACAUGCAGAUAGCUAUUGGGGAGUGUGUGUACCUGAACAGAGACUACAAGCGAUGCGAGGGAGCACCAGUCAGAUCCUCCUCCAGACUACUGUCAAACAUCAGUCCUGACAAACUGGAGAUCUUCAGAAUAGAACAGCUGUGGAUCGAUGAAAAUGAUGAGAGAUACAUCCUUGGCCAUGCUUACCUGAGACCUAAUGAAACCUAUCAUGAACCUACAAGGAAAUUCUUCCACAAUGAGGUGUUUAAAUACCCCACAUUGGAAAUAGUGCCUUUGGAGGCUAUCGCAGGACUGUGCUGUGUGAUGGACCUGAAUACUUACUGUAAAGGUCGCCCCAAGGGAUACCGCUCCCAGGACAUCUAUGUGUGUGAAUACAGAGUGGACAAGACAGCUCAUCUCUUCCACAAGCUGUCGAAACCAAGGUUUGGUAUCAACACCAAAUCCUACUGCUUUGACAGAUACCCACAGAAGUUGGUGCCAAAGAGAACCUAUUCACCACAUGAAGUGCCAGAACAGUACAAGCGCCGUGGGCCUGGUGAGAGACAACAUGGGAGUGGGACAAGCUCAGUCAAGUCAGACUCAGGAUCAGGGCAAGGGAAGAAAGGUGAAGGAGAGCGGGGACGUCCCAGCAAGAGUGAUGGAGGUGACAAGGGAGACAAUCAGGAGAAGCAGAAGAAGCAAAAGGAUCGUGAUUCUGAUGCUGAGUCUGAGGAAGACCUACCGCUGGCAAGGGUCAAAGAAUUAAAGAAAAAGGAGAAGAAGGAACGCCUGAACAAAAUCUUGAUAAAAAUGCUGGGCAACAUUCCUGGUAAACAAAAGAUUGACGUGACAUACCUGUUGGAGGAAGGGUCUGGGAAGAGACCAAGGAAAAAAACACAAACGCACUUUUGAUAACAAAAGUAAAGGAGUGGCAUAUGCCAGGUUUGAAUUGUACCAAUAUGAAAAAUUUACUUAGCGUGUGUGUUUUUCAUACUCUUACAUUUGAAAUCGAGACUUCAAGAGUUUGUGACUGAUUUCUAUAAUUUCAGUAUGUGUUCUUAUUUAUUGACAGUGAUAGUGUCAGUGUUCAUUCAACUUGUGCAUAAAAUGCGACAAGAGUUCACUGUGUUCAGAAUGUUUGUGAAGACAAUUCUUUGUCAAUAGGGCCGUCUUGUAUACCAAACAAAAGCAAGUGUUUGCCAUUUGCAACUAUUACCAAAGUCUUUGUAAUCAGACAAGCGAAAUAUGGAGACCUUUUUCAAGUGUGAACAUGCUUGUAAGGCCAGACACCAACCUAAAGUAGACAGUUGUUUGAUCAUGUUAGUUGAGACUGAACCUCACUAACAAUAUUUCAAGUUAAAAUGUGGCAGCUAUGAAGUUAGACAAAACCUGGUUGAAGACAUUCAUUCACCUGGAACCAUUUUCAUUAGGCUUCAAUUCCAUUGCAUGGUGUGCUGUUAUAGAGGAAGAUUUCAUCAGUCCGUGGAAAUUUGUUACUCAUCUCUUGAUCUUGUUCAGAAAGCUGGCUUGUUCAUUAAAAAGAUACAUUUCAAGGCAACAGGAACUAUUUUCAAUGGAAGGUACUCAAGGAAUGCAUAAUAUACUUAUUUUGAGACAACAAAUAACCCAAAUAGUUUUGUGGAUGUGUCUUUGGAAGUGAAAGUGUGACUUAUGAAUGGUUUACAUUGUGAAAAAGCAUGCAAGUUACAGAAAUUCCUUUCAUAUUUGUUUUUGUCCCCUUUCAUUCAGACUGUCACUCACCAAACUUGUGUCGGGAUCAGGUGUCUGGCUGUGGUUACCAAUUUGUCCAGAAAACUCCAUGUUUUGUGUGAUCACACGCGGUAGUUAUUGUGCCUCGUUUGAUUUGAAACUGAAUGUGGGCAUUUCAGUUUUAGUGAGGAUGUAGCUAUUUAUUUGUUGAUGAACAAAAUGAGAUUUGUUACCUGUUAUAUUCUGUGGACAUGAAACCCUACUUAAGUGCCAUGAUUUUAUCUUGAUGAGCCCACAGGCUCUAGAAGUAGUUUUAAACAAGUUGUUAAUGUUUAGAGGAAUUGUUGUAGAGAACAUUCAAUGAAAUUGCUAUGUAAUCUCCAGAAAUAUGGAACAAAUUGCUUACUUUACUAGAUCUACAAGUUGACUUUUUUUCUAGUUUUCUGUUCAAGAAACUAACAAGGUGGAACAGUUGUUAAGUUUAAGAUGCAACCUUUGAUGCAGUCAUGUUUUUUGUGAGGAUAAAAUCUGAUACUGUUACUUUUGCCUUACCUAACUGAUAAAUGUACUUUAAUGGAGCAAAAAUAUUUUGACUGUAUUGCAUAUUUGUUUGAUAUUAUGUAUCAGUCCUUUGUUACACUGUGAAUGUAAGGUACUCUGUGUUCAGAUAAUUCUCACUUGCAUUUUGGUGCCGAUUUUGCUGACAACACGAGCCUUUUAAAACAUUAAUAUGUAACAAAGAUAAAUUGUGAUGGCUUUUCUAUCUAAGUAGUAAAUAGAGCUAUUCCCACCUUUACUGUUACAGUGGAAAGAAAGUGGUCAAUGUGUUCAAUGUUCAUGUGCACUAAUACUUAACAUUACUGUAGUGUGGUAACUUGGAAAUCCAGAAACUGCCGUUAAAGUAAUCAAAUAGCUUGGUGCUUCCAGUUAUGAGUUACAGUAUUUAGGAGGAAGUCUAAGCUGAGAGAAGGGACAAUGUAGGAUUGUCUUAUGGUGCUGACAAUCUUGGGCUGUUCAUUGGCUCCUACCAGACAUAAUAUGGUGGCUGUGGUACAUAUGAAAUUGCUCGACUUGCUAAAAUGGCUGCAUGAAAGCUAGUCAAGCAAACUUUUUGUCAAAAAUGAAAUAAAUAGGGCAGCAAGAAUAUUUUGCAUGUGACGAUACUUUUAUAAUUGUGACAUUGAUAACAGAAACAGAUGAAAUCUGCAGUUAUCUGAUGAUCAUGCCCCUUCCUGCUAGGUAUUCAUUCUCAAUUACACUACAAUCACAUAUAUUUUCAUGCAGGACCUGUCAAUUACCUAUUUGAGCAAUUUGUAUAUUUCCGGUAACAGCACCUGUGUAUUAAGUUUGAGGGACAGCUGAUGGUAUCAGUGUUCACAUGCAAGGGAGGGGCAGCAUCUAGUGAUUGUGUAGAAGAGAUCUGUGCUGCCUAUGAAGUCCAUUUCUCUGUAGUAAAUGUCUUGUUAUGUAUUUUCUGCAUGCACUGCUGGGACAGACUGGGAAGGCACAUCCCUAGCCAACAAUUGGCCAAAACAAUCAUGUCCUGCAGUAUUUAAAGACCAUGAAAUCAAAUGAGUUAAGUGUUAAUGUCGUAAAGGCAAAACAUUUUAGUGUGUAAAUGAUACCAGAAUUUGCCUUCACCUUUCUUGGAUUCCUUAUGAAUUAAGGUCACAUUAUGUAAUUUAUGAUAGAUUUUUAAUGACAUCAAUUUCAAUUGGUUACAUGGUCUUAAACUUGUUUGUUGUGUUCAGUGUGAUAAUGUGACAAAGUUAUUGUACAGAAGAGUGACUGGGUAUAAGUGUAAUGGUUGUAUGCGAGAGUGAGAGCAAUAAUUUUAUUCUAUGCAAUGGGAAGUGUUCGAAAACAUGCAUCCCUCUUUGUUGUAUAUAUAUGGAUUUAUUCUAAUAUUGUUGUGACUUCACUUGCUGAAGAAAGCAGUUGUGCUGAGAACAUACUGAUGACGCUUGUGCAAGCUUUGUACAUACGCCGCCGCAGUAAAAUAUGCUGCAGCUUAUUUAAGUUCCUGGAGGGUAAAGAAUCAAAUUCAAAUGGAUAAAAUCAUUGGUGGUCAUGAUAGAGUAUCAAAUACUCAGCUGUAUAUGUGUAGCUAUAUUUUGUGUAUAUAUAAAACUAUCCCUGCAGUAUUUUCCUGACAAGGAGGGGACCUGACUUACCGGAUGGUGGGUCAGCCAGUUUGACUUUCUACUUGACCUGUACUUACAUAACCCAUUCAUCCCUGGAGGAUGUGUGUAUAUUUCACAUUCACAUCCUGUCAUACCAUUGGUUGUUUUGUAGAUAAAUAUGUAUUGUACAUUACAUUUUGUAGAUAUAUAUGUAUUGUACAUUAUAUACAUACAAUUAUCAUUUUAAACCUUUACCAAAUUGUGUUCAGAAGCAGCUAAACCAUUUAUUUUUGCCAAAUGCUUUCAGUUUUGUUCUAGCAAAGGCACAUACAAUUAUCCAUGAAAUCUUAUUUUUAGAAUGAAAAGCGCAUGAAGCAAAUGAACAAAGCGCGCAUCACAUGUGAUACUCUUGUAAAGAUGACAUUAUUUGUGUCUUUAGUUGAUCCUCUACGAUCGUCCGUGAUUUCAGUCUUCUGUGCACACCUGUUGUCAUUUAUCAAGGUCAUAUCAAACCAUUUGCAUUUACUUUCUCCUCUUUUCAUACUAGAGUCCUAUAUAGAACCAUCAUGAUUCAAAGUGGAGUGCAACUACACCAGAUGUUAAUAAAAUCAUAGGUAAAAUAA